GAGCCAUGGCGUGCAGACUCGUGCGCUGGGCCGCCUGCCUCGUCCUGGCCGGGAGGUGCCUGCCGGGGCGCCCCUGCCCGAGCCGCUGCCUGUGCCUGGCGAGCACCGUGCGCUGCGUGCACUGGAUGCUGGACCGCGUCCCUCGGGCGCCGCCGCGGACCGCAGUCCUAGACUUGAGGUUUAACAGAAUACGAGAAAUUCCUGAGAGUGCCUUCAAGAAACUCAAGACUUUGAACACUCUUCUCCUGAACAACAACCAAAUCAGACAGAUUUCCAGAAAUGCUUUUGAAGGACUUGAAAAUUUGCUUUAUCUAUAUCUGUACAAGAAUGAAAUUCGUGCCCUAGAUAAGCAAACAUUUAAAGGACUCAUAUCCUUGGAACAGCUGUAUAUUCAUUUCAACCAAAUAGAAAUGCUACAGCCAGAGACCUUUGGAGACCUUCUGAAAUUAGAGCGACUGUUUUUGCAUAACAACAAAUUAUCUAAAAUCCCUGCUGGGAGCUUUUCUCAUCUGGAUUCAUUAAAGAGACUGCGUCUGGAUUCCAAUGCUCUAGUUUGUGACUGUGAUUUAAUGUGGCUGGGGGAACUUAUGCAAGGCUAUGCCCGAAAUGGCCAAAUUCAGGCUGCUGCUACAUGCGAGUAUCCCCGAAGGCUCCAAGGACGCUCCAUCGCUUCGUUAACAGUAGAAGAAUUCAACUGUGAGAGUCCUCGAAUUACUUAUGAGCCCCAGGAUGUGGAGGUAACAUCAGGGAAUACUGUCUACUUUACCUGCCGGGCUGAAGGAAAUCCCAAACCAGAGAUUAUUUGGAUACAUAACAACCACUCAUUGGAUUUGGAAGAUGAUCAUCGACUUAAUUUGUUUGAUGAUGGGACGCUCAUGAUUCGAAACACUCGAGAGUCAGACCAAGGUGAAUAUCAGUGUAUGGCCAGAAACUCAGCUGGGGAAGUUAAGACACAGAAUGCUAUGCUUAGAUACUCCAGUCCUCCAGCCAAGCCUAGUUUUAUAAUCCAGCCCCAGGACACAGAAGUUUUAAUUGGCACCAGCACAACUUUGGAAUGUAUGGCCACAGGCCACCCACACCCCCGUGUUACUUGGACUCGGGGCAAUGGUGAGGCCUUGGAUGGAUCCAGGCACCUGGCUACUUCUGGAGGACUAUACUUGAAAAAUGUCACCCUGCAGGAUCACGGUCAAUUUAUCUGUCAUGCCAACAAUAAUCAAGGCACUGUUCAAGCUACAGCAAACAUAAUUGUACAAGCUCCUCCACAAUUCACAGUAAUCCCCAAGGAUCAAGUGGUGCUAGAAGAACAUACUGUAGAAUUUCUCUGUGAAGCUGAAGGCAACCCACCUCCAAUAAUCGCCUGGACCAAAGCAGGUGGGAAGCUCCCUCAGGAAGGUCUACAUACAGUUCUCUCCUCUGGCACUUUGAGAAUUGACCAAGUGGCACGUCAUGACCAAGGCCAAUAUGAAUGUCAGGCAGUCAGUCCAUUGGGAGUGAGAAAAGCGUCUGUCCAGCUGACUGUAAAACCCAAAGCUCUCCCAGUGCUUACUCAACUACCUCAGGAUACAAGUGUAGAGGUUGGAAAGAAUAUAAACAUUUCGUGUCAUGCUGAAGGAGAACCACAGCCCAUAAUUACCUGGAACAAGGCAGGUGUUCAGAUUACUGAAAGUGGUAAAUUCCAUGUCAGUGGGGAAGGCAUGCUAACCAUCUAUGAUGCAGGGCAAGCUGACCAAGGAAGAUAUGAAUGUGUGGCUCAGAAUUCUUUUGGCCUUGUUGUAGCCAACAUGUUUCUCACAGUUGUAGCAAUACAGGGUAGACAAGCUGGCGAUGACUUUGUUGAAUCAUCCAUUCUUGAUGCUGUACAGAGGGUUGACAGUGCAAUUAACUCCACACGAAGACAUUUGUUUUCACAAAAACCUCGCACCCCUAGUGAUCUGCUGGCUCAGUUUCGUUAUCCGCAUGACCCAUUUACUGUGGAGAUGGCAAGAGCUGGGGAGAUUUUUGAGCACACACUUCUGCUGAUCCAGGAACAUGUGAAGCAGGGGCUUACUGUUGAUUUGGAGGGUAGAGAAUUCCGGUACAAUGACCUGGUGUCCCCACGCUACCUGGGCCUCAUCGCCAACUUAUCUGGAUGUACAGCCCACAGGCCAGUGCCCAACUGCUCCGACAUGUGUUUCCAUCAGAAGUACCGAGCCCAGGACGGGACGUGCAACAACCUGCAGCACCCCACGUGGGGUGCGUCCCUGACCGCCUUCGAGCGCGUCCUGAAGCCUGCCUACGAGAACGGCUUCAACCUGCCGCGUGGGGUCGGCCGUCGCAGCCCGUCGGGUCCCCCCCCGCUGCCGCCACCCAGGCUGGUCUCCACGGAGCUGGCGGCCGCGGCCGCGGUCACCCCCGACGACCGGUACACGCACAUGCUCAUGCAGUGGGGCCAGUUUCUGGACCACGAUCUGGGCCACGCGGUGCCUGCCUUGAGCACUUCUCGCUUCUCCGACGGGCGGCCGUGUAGCGCCGCGUGCACCGACGACCCUCCCUGCUUCCCCAUCGUCAUCCCGGGCGCUGACCCCCGGGGCACCCGGGCGCCCUGCAUGUUCUUUGCACGCUCCAGCCCCGUUUGCGGCAGCGGCGUGACCUCCUUGGUGAUGAAUUCCGUCUACGCCAGGGAGCAGAUUAACCAGCUCACGGCCUACAUCGAUGCCUCCAACGUCUACGGGAGCUCGGACAGGGAAUCCCUCGUCCUGCGAGACUUCUCAGAGCCCCGGGGCCUCCUGAGAACCGGCUUGCCCUGGGCCCCUUCCGGGAAGCCCCUGCUGCCCUUCUCUGCGGGCCCCCCCCCCGAGUGCACGAGGCCGGAGCAGGGCAGCCGCAGCCGCAGCCGCUGCUUCCUAGCGGGGGACCGCAGGGCCAACGAGCAGCUGGCCCUCACAGCCAUGCACACGUUGUGGUUUCGCGAGCACAACAGGGUGGCCGCGGCGCUGUCUGCCCUGAACCCCCACUGGGACGGAGACACCCUUUACCACGAAGCCAGGAAGAUCGUGGGUGCCCAGCUGCAGCACAUCACCUACAGCCACUGGCUGCCCAAGAUCCUGGGGGAGCCGGGCAUGAGGAUGCUGCGGGACUACCAGGGCUACGACCCGAGUGUGAACGCGGGGAUCAUCAACUCUUUUGCUACUGCAGCCUUCAGAUUUGGUCACACCUUGAUCAAUCCUAUUCUUUACCGACUGAACGACACUUUCGGGGAAAUCCCCGAAGGCCAUCUUCCCCUCCAUGAAGCUUUCUUCUCACCGUCCAGGAUAAUCGAGGAAGGUGGCAUCGAUCCCCUCCUUCGCGGGCUGUUUGGCGUGGCCGCUAAAUUGCGGGUACCCUCCCAACUGCUCAGUUUAGAGCUGACUGAGAAGCUUUUCUCCACCGCCCAUUCUGUGGCCCUGGACUUGGCUGCCACCAACAUUCAAAGGGGGCGAGACCACGGGCUCCCUCCCUACGCUGACUUCAGAGUUUUCUGCAAUUUGACUUCCGUUGAAAAUUUUGAGGAUCUUCGAAAUGAGAUUAAAGAUUCAGAGAUUCGGCGCAAACUGAAAAAGUUGUAUGGUAACCCAGGCAACAUUGACUUCUGGCCCGCCCUCAUGGUUGAAGACCUGAUCCCUGGUACAAGAGUGGGACCAACACUUAUGUGCCUGUUUGUUACCCAGUUUCAGCGGCUGAGAGAUGGAGAUAGAUUCUGGUACGAGAAUCCUGGAGUGUUCACUCCCGCACAGCUCACUCAGCUGAGGCAGGCAUCCCUGGGCCGUGUGCUCUGUGACAAUGGUGACAACAUCCAGCAAGUCCAGGCCGAUGUCUUUGUGAAGGCAAAAUACCCACAGGAUUACCUGAGCUGCGAUGAGAUACCACAGGUGGAUCUUCAAAUGUGGCAAGACUGCUGCGAAGACUGUAGAAGUAGAGGACAAUUCAGAACAUUCACGCAAGAAUCUCGAAAGAAACGCUCUGCUCAAUACAGCUAUCCUGAUGAGAAAGAUAAAGAGUUAAGUGAUCUAAUUAGUAGGCAGCAAGAUCACUUGUACAUUGAUGAAGAUAGUAAAAAUAUGACAGUUCUGGCAAAAACAAAAUUUGCCCAAGAUUUCAGCAGUUUUGCGGUGGAAAUUCAAAAAACCAUUAAAGCUCUCAGAGAACAGAUAAACAAGCUGGAGGCACGCCUCAGGCAGGCAGGAUGCACAGAUGAUAAAGGGAUUCGAAGAAAAGACAAUGAACACUGGAUGAAAGAAGACUGCAUUAGCUGUAUGUGUAAGAGUGGCCAGGUCACCUGCGUGGUGAAGACUUGUCCACCGGCUCCAUGUCCUAGUCUUGAAUUGGUGAAAGGAACCUGCUGUCCAGUUUGCAGAGACCGGGGAAUGCCAGCUGAUUCCUCAGAGAAACACUAAGCAAUUUACUGCUCUUGAGCCCUGAAUGGGGAAUUUCUCCGAAUAAGUCAGGCACUUAGGACUUCAGCACUUUUAACCUGUAGUCACACCCCUGGCAGAGAAAUCACCAAUUUAAAACAAAUUAGUUCGUUUAACCCUUCAACAUACUGAAGAUCUUGUAUCUUUUCAUUUUCUAACAUAUCUUGAAGUAAUGCAAAAUUAAAGUCUAUAAAAAACAUAGGGAUUACUUUUUGAGAAAUAUUUCUUAUUGUAAGCUACCAGUUUUAUAUACCAUAUAUAGAAAUAAAAAGAAUAUCAUGAAAUAUUUUUUUUUAAUUUGAGUAUUGUGGAAAAUCUCUCAUUUCAAAAUUCAGGAGAUUAUAUGAUCUCCAGGAAUUUUGAGAGAAUGGGUUUUGUACUCAGAGAAAACAUCUGGAAAGAUCUAUGAUAAGUCUGGCACAUGUAAUACAUGCUGCUUUCCUCAGUCCACUCCAUCUCUCAUAUCUAGAACCUAGAUAAUGGCCAGAUUUUUCUGGGAAGGCACUUACCUUAACCGUCAUUAGGCUCUAAUUUAUAGAACAUUAGGUAACAGUCAGUGAAAGUAUCAUUAUUUGGAGGAGUUUGCCAUUUUUACAUUUGGCUGGAAAAUACAAACACUAUGAGGGAAAAAGCCUUCAAAGAGCCUUGCUCAAUCUCUGCCUUUCCCUAACUUGUCAUCAUUACCACUUGUAAGAUGUCAAAAUCGAAAUUUUUCAUAUCUGAGCAAUUCAGGAGCAAUCUGAAUUUACUAUCAGAAAAAUUGGAAAUGUUUUUGGCUUUAACAAAAGGUGUUGCUAUGAGGUUUCUUCUAAUGUUGGCACUUUGUUGUAGCUAUUAAAAUACAACCCAAUAGACAAGUUAGCUGUACUCAGGAUUGAAUACUUAGUAAAGUAGGUGAGUUUCUCUUAAUAAAUUCUCUUAAAAUACUGUGCAACCAUAUGUAGGGAGUGGUUGCAGUUGUUGGUAGAUUUCUUUAAGAAAUUCUUUAUUCCAGAACUUAUAGGGAAAGAUUUCAUGUAGUAUCUUGCCCAGAGGGGCUCUCAGGGUGAUAACUCUACUGUUUUCCAACUAUAAAAUAAACAUUUAAAAACAAGCAAAUCUCCCAGUAUUUAGAAGUAUUAUGUAAAAUGCAGUAUUCAUUUUAGUGAAAAUAUUCUUAUAGUUUUAAUAAUCCUAGUGAGGAAAGAUGUUUUUGGAGUUUGAUGAUACACAUCAUUAUUGUAAAAAUGUAUUGGUUAUUUCCUCCUAAGGUCCAAAAUAAUUUUUUACAAAGAAAUUUAAGGACAAAACUUACUAUGUCCUAAAGGUUUAUUGAUUGAUAUAUUUUUAAGUCCAAAACAACUUACAAUUAUAUUACAUUUUGAAAGACAAAGUUUAAUAAGUCCCAAAAGCUUGACAUUUGGUGGCCUUUCAAAAUCCAACAAAGUGAGAUGAAGCUAAAUUUCAUGGAAGUAUAAUUUGUUCCUCUGAAACCACAGUAAACAUAUUGCAAAUAACAAUAACAUAUACAUAAUAAUUUAGGUUUCUCAUCAUAUUCAUUUGUCAUUUUAACAUUUUAUUUAAGUUUAGACAAAAUCUGUAUGAUAUCUCAUCUUACUUUUUGUACACUGACCACAUGUUAACUUGGAUGUCACCUGGUCAAUAUGUUUGGCUCAUUAAACAUAAGGAGAUACUAAAAUAGCAGAACAAAAUUAUUGAAAAUGGGACAUGGGGUUUUAAAAACUUGUCUGUCAAGUGACAAUUUGAAAAUUCAGUCACCUUUACAGAUAUGGUUUUAAUAUAAUCAUAAAGAUUACCUUUUGCUUUAUUCAUUUUAUUUGUAUUUCAUUUAAUUGACUUUGUUUUAUAAGAUGCUUCAUUUUUUAAGUAAUAUUGAGCAUAAUUAAAAUUUCAAGUAUUUCCCAAGGAUAUA